CAAUUUCUCAACAUUCCUUUUGGAAAUCAAAAACUUUCAUUAAGAUCCAUUAUCAUCAUCAUCAAAAGAGUCUUACUUACUAACACUUUACUUUUUACAACUUCAUCAUGAAUCAUGAUCCUGAAAUUGCUCAAGCAAGCUAUAAGAAACCAUCAUCAUCAUCUCGUCCAUUGAUUUUGUUGAUUCAUUGUAUAGCAGAAUUAGUAGGUGUAUUCUUGUACGUUUUACCUGGUGAAGCUGCUACUGCAGCUUUUAUACUUUCUUCUGCUACUAAUAGGCCGGGGUUUGGUAGUCUUUUGAAUAUCGCCUUCGCAUAUACGUUUGGAAUUAUUAUUGGUAUCAUCCUCACAGCCCACGUCUCAGGCUCACAUUUGAGUCCAGGUGUAUCCCUCAGUUUUGCCAUUUUUAGAGGGUUUCCAAAAUAUCGAGUUUUACCAUAUAUACUUUUUCAACUCUUAGGUUCAAUUCUUGCAACCCUUGUGGUUUAUGGUAUUUAUGGUCAAUCUCUUAAUACACUUGAAAAUGCAUUAAGAUCAAAUGGUAGAGAAGAUUUGAUUUAUUCUUCUACUGGUCCUGCUGGUGUGGGUGGAUUCUUUCCUGGACCUAAUCAAAACCUUGGUCGUGUGUUCUUUGGUGAAUUUAUUGCUAGUGCUGUACUUGGAUUAUUGAUCUUUGGAGCUAUUGAUUUGAGAAAUCCGUUGAUGAGUAGAGCUAGCAUUCCUUUCAUCAUUGGUAUAGGUUACUUUAUCGCCAUCAUCAGUUUCGGAUUGAACACUGUUGUCCUCAACACAGCUCGUGGUUUAGGCGGACAAAUAGGAACCAGCAUGAUUUACGGUGGUAGAGUAUUUUCAAAUCAUCGUUAUGUGGCCCUUGCCACACUUACUAAUAUCCCAGCCACAAUGUUGGGUGGUUUAGUUUAUAAACUUAUCUCUUGGCAUUAUGAAGAAGGAAUUAAUGCGAACCCACAUCCUGGACCUAAUCCGAGAAAAGAAACUACAGAUUGAUAUUCUUUUUAUGUACUCGGAAUUCCACAUUCAAUUUGUAUGUGAUUCUUCUUCAUAGUAUUAUUCAUACGGUAUUUUGAUUCUUUAUGAUGAGCUCAAGCGAAACCGUUUCCUUUUAUGUUUUAUGAUCGAGACGAUCGCGUGAUGAGAUUAUCUCAAAACCAUGACAAAAGAAGUUUACAAAGUCUACCAAUCCUUUGAUAAGCAAUCUCCAUGAUACUUUCAAACCCUCUUGAUCAUGCC